CCACAACCAGCCUUUGAAUCUUUUCUUCUUAGUUUGUGGUGUGUUUGGGCCAGUGGUUGCCAACCUUCAUUCUUUUGCUGUUCAUGUUUAAAUUACCCAUAUUCAGAUUGCUUCAGGCAAGGGAGACUAGGACCAGUUUGGAAAGCUGCAUAUUUACUACAUCUGAUAGUGGUAAAACCUGAAUUUCCCCCUCCUAUCAUAAGGAAGAGAAGUGUGGUGUACUGGAGAGAGCAAGAGUAAACCUAACUGAUGCCAACAAUAGCCUUUUCUUCCCAGCAGAACUGCCAUUUCUUAUGGCAUUUUGUUACCUCGCUGAAGAUGAUGAAUAUGCAGAAAAUUGUGAGCACUUUGUCCUUUUUGUCUCUUUUUGAACUUUGACCAGUUGGUCAGGAUUGAUUAUCAACCCAGAAUAGCUAAUUGCACUGCUUCUCAUUCCACUGAACAAAGGUGCUGUGGCUAGAGUCUCCAGGACAAGAACUUUCAAAUAAAACAGUUGAGGUGAAAGCUAAGAGCUUACCUAUGGAGCUGAGUGAGAAGGGAGGUGUGGAGAACAAUGGAUUUGUUCAAAAUGAGGCUUUUGAGGACAAGGAGAUGGAUGCCAGUAACCAAGAAGAAAUGUCAAAAAAGUGCAGUGUUGAUGUGGACCUGGUGGUUGUGGAGGACACAGUGCUGAAGCCUUAUGCUGGGAUGCCAAAGGAAGUCUUGCUGCAGUUCUCCAGCCAAGCCCGCUACAGAGUCACCAGGGAGAUCCUCUUCUGGCUCAUAAUUGCUGGUUCUGUGGCGCUUGUGUGCACUACAAUUGCCAUUAUUGCUCUCUCUCCAAAGUGCCUUGACUGGUGGCAAGCUAGUCCUAUUUAUCGAAUCUAUCCUCGUUCCUUCAAGGACAGCAACAUGGAUGGGAAUGGGGAUCUGAAAGGUAUCCAAGAAAAACUGGACCAUAUUACAUAUUUGAAUAUAAAAACCAUCUGGAUCACCUCUUUCUUUAAGUCCCCUUUAAAAGACCUUGGAUAUGGAGCUGAAGAUUUCUAUGACGUUGAUCCCAUUUUUGGAUCAAUGAGAGAUUUUGAGAAUCUGAUUGCAGCCAUACAUGACAAAGGGCUAAAGGUGAUAAUGGAUUUAAUACCAAACCACACAAGCGACAAACACCGGUGGUUUCAGCUGAGCCGCAAUCGGACUGGGAAAUACACAGACUACUACAUCUGGCAGGACUGCAUGCAGGCUUCUGGCUCAGUCAUCCCUCCCAACAACUGGGUGAGUGUCUUUGGGAAUUCCAGCUGGCAGUUUGACGAUGUGAGAAAGCAAUGUUAUUUCCAUCAGUUUCGGAAGGAACAGCCAGACUUGAAUUUUCGCAACCCUGCUGUCCAACAAGAAAUCCAUGAUAUUAUAAAAUUUUGGCUUGGCAAAGGAGUGGAUGGGUUUAGUUUUGGUGCUGUUAAAUUUCUCUUAGAAGCAACACAUCUCCGAGAUGAGCCUCGAGUGGACAAGUCUCAGAAGGGAGAAAAUAUCACAGCCUAUUCCCAGCUCCACCAUGACUACACCACCACGCAGGUUGGUUUGCAUGACAUCAUCCGCAGCUUCCGUCACACCAUGAAUGAGUUCAGCAGAGAGCCUGGCAGAUACAGAUUUAUGGGUUCUGAUGAUGAUGAAAAGGAAGACAUUGGAGCAACAAUGAUGUAUUAUGGAACGACUUUUAUCCAAGAAGCAGAUUUUCCCUUCAAUUUCAACCUAAUUAACAUGAAAAAUCUAUCGGGCAACAGUAUUUUUGAAGCUGUCGACUCAUGGAUGAAAAACAUGCCUGCAGGAAAAUGGCCAAACUGGGCAGUUGGAAGCCCUAACGCUGCUCGGAUUUCAACUCGGAUUGGGAAGGAGUACAUCAAUGUCAUGAACAUGCUGCUUUUAACCCUCCCUGGCACUCCUGUAACUUAUUAUGGUGAAGAAAUAGGCAUGGAGAACAUUGCAUCAGAAAAUGCAACCCUCCCAGAGAAAUCCCCCAUGCAAUGGGAUGGAAAAGUUAAUGCUGGUUUUACAGAAGGCAACAGCAGCUGGUUACCUGUUAACUCCAACUACCAAAGUGUAAAUGUGGAAAUCCAGAGCACCUGGUCCAACUCAACCCUGAGUUUGUACAGAGCACUGACUUCGCUGCGGAACAAUGAGCUCCCCAUGAAUCGAGGGUGGAUGUGCUACAUCUGGAAUGACAGUAACGUGUUCGUGUUUGUGAGGGAGCUGGAUGGGUUAGACAGAGUCUUCAUGAUGGUGCUCAACUUUGGCCAGGAGGUGACAAUAGACCUGAGGGCCAUAGCUCCUAACCUUCCCUCUGAAGCUGUAAUAAGACUCAGUACUCAUUUUAGCAAUGCUGGUAAAGUGGUCAAUACCAAACUAAUUAAAACUGAAAUGGGAGAAGGCCUGGUCCUUGAAUAUAAAACAGCAAAGCCUGUUCAUACUAUGGAAGCUUUUCAAGGGAAGUGUUUUGUGGCAGAAAAAGCUUGUUAUUCCAAGGCCCUCAAUUUACUCUACAUGAACUGUUAAGUAGAGGAGUAGAAUACCUAUGCUUUAGUGUUAAUUUAGAAGAUAUUAGUUUCUGGGAAAUGCUGAAAAUACUAAUUUUUCCUUGGCUUUUAAAAUUUUGUGUACAAAAUAAAUGUCCUGAAAAAAUCAGACAGAUAAUUGUCUUGUAUCAGUAUUUGUGAUGAAAAAGAAAAAGAAUGGUAUAAACUCCCCCUUAGGGUCUGUGGAGAAGAAAAGUUAACCUGUUCUAAAAAUCUAUUUAAGCAUGUAUUUUUGGGAGGAGAGGGAACAGUUGCUUUCUGGGUGCUGAUCCUGGAGGUUGCUGGUAAGUGCUCCUGUGGAAUCCCAAGCCUUUGGCAGUUUACUGUAACUAUUUAGAAGUCUGCAGAUUUGUAAAACUCAUUCCAAAGGGGUGGCCCUAUAUUUGCUAAAACAGGUGAACAUAAGCAAGACUAGUGUAUAUUAUUGUGAUGUUUUACCUCUUCUCUCAAAUCUGACAUCUCUGAUUUUCCUCAAAGUUUGUAAGAACAAAAUAUAGCUAAUAUCUAAUUCCACACUCAUAACUGCAUUUCCAGUUGACUCUCCCCUCCCUGUUGAGUCAGAAUAUGUUUGCAUUUUCUUAUUUCUUUUCCUGCCCUAAGGCUGAGGUGAAGGGUGUGUCCUUUAGUUUAGAGGAAGCAGCUGAACCAACCCUACCAAAUGUCACACUUGUGCAUGUGCUCUGAUUUACAUUUGCUGCACCUGCAGUGGUUGAUGUGGUCCUAGGUGUGCACCACACAUCUCUUUUAACAAGCAAUGCACAGCAGGCUUGUGCCUUCCUCAGAGGGCAGCUAAGCUAUGAAUUGGGCUGCUUUAGUUGGGGCAUUCUUUUCUUUUUAUCCUCUGGAGAUACUCUGGCAUCUUCUGACACAUUGAUCUUGUACCCCUGAGAGACUCUGGCACCACCUUCUUAAGAUUACCAUGCUAGGUAAGGUAAUUACAAGAUUUUUUUAAUGUAUUCACAUCAGAGUUCUGCUGUGAUUGCUUUUCUUUGCAGUUUGGUCAACCCACCACACCCAACAGCAACCAUGGCUGCUGUGCAGAUAGAGAGGGCAGCAAUCACCAUCACCUACAUAUGGGAAUUAGUUCUGGAAGCAGUGAGACUUCAAUAUCAGAUGCUUCAGAGGAGUUCUACUGCCUUGUGCAAGAUAUAGCCUUGCAACAGAUGCCUUGGACAGGAAGGCCACCUGUGCCAAGUGCCUUUGGCUCUCCUGUGAGGCUCUACAUGCCCACUGUUGUGCUCCAGCUCCGUUCAUGUAACGCUGCUCUGCUGGCUCACAUGAACAGAGCUGCUGGCAGCUGCUUUUCCACAGCCUGGCAGGGCAGAAAUCCAGUUCUUGGUCUGUAUUUUUGUAAGGCAAUGCCACACCCAGCUUCCUGUGCUUGUGCCCAUAAGGCACGGAUCUGAGAGUAGAGAUUCUGUGGAGAAGGUGUUUGCUUUCCAUACAAAUCCAAAUCUGACCCAAAGUUUUUCA